GGUCACAGAGGGCAGGCGGUGGGUGUCCAGAACUGCCCCCAAGGAUGCUCUGAGGCUGCUGCAUCCACAGGAGAGACCUGGGAUAUGGUGUCCUGCCUGCUCUGUGCAAGGUCCCAGUGGCUGGGGACAUGGGGAGGGGACAGGGCUGGCAGGGUGUCUCCUGCAUGGUGGUGACUUUGAUGUGUGCUGGGGUGCUGUGGUCUGGGACUGUGUGUGAGCGUGCAAGUGGGCACCAGGGUGUUUUCCAGCACCUCUACAGGAGCAAGGUGUCCCCAGGGUCCGUGGUCACCUCGCUCGGAACAUGAAGUGUCAGACUCAGCACCAGAGUACAGAGCAGCCAGGCCUGGGCAGGAUGGGUACCUGCUAUACCCCCUGCUCCUGACUCUCCCCAGGGACCCUAUGGCCCUUGAGCGGGGUGGGGGGACGCAGGGGGUGCUGCCCGGCUGGGGAUGACGGAUGUGCAAGGUGCUGAGCGGUGUGCAUGGAGCACGCUCAACGGAGCCCAGAUCCGCUCGAGGGACUCUGUGCAUGGUGAGAGGGAGGUCAGGACCGCUCAGCUGGGUGCUCCCUGGACUCCCAGGGGUGACGGUUGUGUGAAUGGGCCCCCCCCAGCCCUGAGCAGCCCCUGCCUGUGCCUGCAAACAUCUAUCUGAAGGAUGCUGCGGCCUGCCUGGUCCUGGGCACAGGGGCACGCACAGGGUGAGGAGGUGACGGGCAGUUUGCCUGGUGCAUUGGUGCCCUGGGAUGCUCCGCUUUGGUUCUGCAGCCCUGGCACUCACACAGGCUGGGUGCCGCGGCACAUACCGGCUCCCCUCCAUGCACAGUGCUGGGCAGCACCCCUGGGCUGGGCAUGCCUGGGGUUGAAGAGGGAGGGGACAGAUGGGGGGCUCUCUCCCUCUGGGCCUGUGAGCCUGCUUGCAGGGCAGGAAAGCUUUUGUUGCUACUUAACUACUUGCUCUGUCCUGUGCUCCAGUAGCAGCGCUCCUAGGUAGAUCAUGCCAGGAGGGAAACUGAGGCAGUGGCUGAGUUAACUCCCAGGCAUCCUGUCUAUGAGUCCUGGGGUGGGGAGCAGUCUGACUGUGCCCAGAUUGGACCCCUUUUUCCAGUUCUGCUGGUGAUUUGGGGGUGUGCCUCCCCCAGACCCUGCCUUUCCUGCCUCCCUGUGCUUUUGCUUCCCCAUGGAGCUGCCCAAAGCUUCAGACCAAAGUUGGUGGCAUCGACUGUGGCUGCUCUGCAGCACAGUGGCUUCCAGCCACAGUGGAGAGGGGAGGCAGAGACACCCCCAGCCCUGGCAGCAACCUUCCUGAGGGGCACAGCAUGAGGCAGGGGCCACCUUUGGCCUGUGUGGCUGCUCCUUGCCUGAGCCCUGAUCCUUUGUUCCCUGGGCACUCUUCUUGUCUCCCUGCAAGUGUCUUUUCUCUGGCCUGGGCCAGGGCAGGAGGUUGGAGAUGGGAUGUCCUGUGUCCAGCCUUGUCCCCAUCAGCUAGCACCCUUCCAGAGGGGACUGGGAUGGACAGUGGCAUGCCUGUCUCCCAUGAAAUACAAACCUUGCUGCCAGUCCUCUCUUGUCCCCAGGAGGACACAGUGUCACUGUGGUGUAGGGAAGCACAGCCUGCCCUGUCGCCCUCCACUCACCCCCAGGUUGGGGAGCUGUGUGUCUCUCUGGUCUGACUGGAGAUUCACCCCAGCUGUGGUGGUGGGAGUGGGAUCCAGGUGCCCCUGAUUGGCAGCAAUUGCUCCCAUCAUCAAAAGGUGCCUGGAGGAGAGGGAAACCCAUUGCUUGAGCAGUAGAAAUUGUCUGGAGUUGAGCUGAGCCCUGGGCACUGUGCAAGGAGUCCUGUGGGUGAGUGGCUGUAUGUUGGGAUGAGGGUGAAUUGCUGUUGUGUGGGUCACCCCCUUUGGCUCAGGAGGCAGCAGGUAGGAGGCUUUGCUCUCUGGGGAAGGUCCCAGGCAGUGUCUGGGGAUGGAAAAUGCUGAGUCCCCUCCGGGGGUUGUUUACCAGCCCUGCCUGGGCCGGCAGCGACAGCCCAGGGACCGCAAAGAGCCUGAAACCGUACACUAAUGGCUCAGGUCUGCUAAUGGACACGGGGCCCCGCCACCCGCUCCAGAGCCAUCAAUACUGCCUGCUGUGCUUCCCCUGCCUCAGCUGCUGCCCCCCUCCCUGUCCCCGCUGCCCCAUCCCUGCCAGUCCCUUGCUGCAGCUGCCUCUCUGCCCAGGCUGUGCUGGUGGUGUCCCAGGGUUAUGUUGUGCUGGGAGGUGUUGUGCUGGGCUGGGGAUGGAGCCUGUCCAGAGGAGUCUGGAAAAAUACCCCAGCCCUGGGGAAGGGCUUAGUGGGAGCGUCUUUCAGUGAGACCCCAUCUGCCCCUGGGGGGACCAUGGAGGGGAGGGGGUUGAUGUCGGGGAGCUCUAGGCUUGGUGUCUUCCCAAAAUCAGCUGGACAAGUCCCCAGGCAACACAUUCUCUAUUUUGGAGCUGGCCCUCCUCUGAGCAAGAGCUUGGACAGAAGCGCUAAUUGUCUGCCCCCCCUUGCCCUGUCCCUGUGGCACUGUCUCCCCUUGGAUGCCGGCACAACCUGAGCCGCUGUCUGGCAGCAGUGAUGGAGCAUCUCCCGUGGGUGUGCUGUGCUCCGGGAGCCAUCAGCGCUGGAGCUGGCGUUGUUUACCAGCUGGUUAAUCACUGACAAGCCAUGUCACCCCACUGCUGCCCUGUGCCACCGUGACUGUCCCCAGCCCUGAACAUCUCCCAGCAGAGCCACCCAAGCACUGCUGAGUCUGAUGGGGGGGGCUGCUAGUCCCCUGCCAAGAACCUGCUUUGGUCAAGUGCUUGGGAGGGGGCAGGCGAAGAGAAAUGCUAUCGAUUUUUGGCUCCUGAAGUGCAGCAUCAAUAAUUCAGCACAGAGCAAUCGGUCCUGGCUGGGAGGAGGGGUGGGUGGGAGGUAAAAGGCGAGAGAGCUGCCCACAUAGCCCAGCCUCAGAUGAAUAUUAGAUGAAGCUGCAGAUUGCUAUCAGCAGGAUAACUGGUGCCUGCCUGGCUCUGGCAGGGCUGUCCCUGCCUUGGCUGGAUCAGGGUCUGUGUGUGGGGCAGGUGGGAUCUGGGCUGUUUUGGAGAGCCCCCAACAUGGGGUGCACUGGACCCUGCCUUCCCUGGGGGCCUGCUGCUGUUGCCCCGGAGCUGAGGAUGCAGAGCGGGGGAAAGCAGGGGCUGGGGAUGGUGUCAAACCUCUCCAGAGUCUAAGGAGAAAUGGGAGGGAGCAGCAGCCUGCCACAGACACCCCAAAGGAUGCCAAGCAGGAGGGUGGUGGCAGUGAGCAGCAUGGUCACCUCCUGGUGCCUGGCUUGGGGCGAGGGUCCCUCCAGAGAGGGGAGAAAAUGAGCAUCCCUGCAGCGCUGGUGAGAGCGAAGCCCUGUGCCAAGCCCUGCUUUCCUCCUGCUUUCCAGGAACCCCUUUGGCAGGAGCAUGACAUCUUGGCUGCAGGAGGGACCAGCCCUUCAGGGCGCAGUGCCAGGGGUCCCCUGGCUCAGGGCACCAUCCAGCCUGGCAGGUUUGACAGACCUGAGAGGUCAAGGCAAGCUGGCUGAGGGUAGGGUAGAUCUCGGAGCACUGAGAUCCAGUCUGGGAGAGCUGUGUGCCCUCCAGGUUGAAGUCUGGGAUUCCCUGGGCUGGGGUGCACUAGAGAUUUCCCCACACACAGUGGGUUAAACCCUUGCCUUUCCUUUUCCAAGGGCUGGUAGGUUUUUCAGAUGGCUGUAGGACUGGGCAGGGUGUGAUGGCUGAAUCAGAAGAUUGCUGCUUGCUCAUGGUGAGGGCUUGCAAAACAGGAGGGGAAGGGUCAGAGGUAUAUCACAGCCAUGGCUAGGCUCUGAGUUUGGAUCCUGGCAUAGCCUUAUACUCUGCAUCCUGCCAGCACUGGGGUCUUGGAGAAGAAGGCCUCCUGGGGACCCUACACUCCCUUUCGCGAAGUAUUUUCCACAUGCUUUGCACCCAGGGACAUCAGCCCUGGUCAUCGCUGUGGGGUCAGGAUGGGCUGUGCUGUCUCACUUUGCCCAGAGAGGGUGGAGCUGGGGGAGAAGGGGACUUGGCCCUGUGUCCCCGUGGCUGGGGCCAGGGCAGGGCAGCUCCCCCACCACUGAGCUCCCCAAGGAGCGCGGUGCCUGCAGCACCCACCCUGCCGACUCUGCCACUGCGUGGUGUCACGUCCCGCUCAGCCCAGCCAGACAUAAUUAGCUUGUUGAAUCUUUUUUCCCUCUGGCCUUGCGUUAAUCACUCUUCACAUUGCUUCCGUCCCAACUCCCUCUGGCCUGGCUUGCUCCUUCUCUUGCUGAUGUGCCUGGAGAGGGGAGCAAGGGGACCCACUCUGCUGAAUCCUGCCCCUGAGGUGGGCUCUGAGACAGUGGACGGAGGGGCAGGGAGAUCGCUCAGCCACAGAGAGGUGAGAAAAUCGCAGGCUGGCUGGAGAAAAAGCAAUAAAGCUAGAGAGUAAGGGAGCCUGUUGGGACAGCACUGCUUUGCAGCCCUGCUCCACUGGUGGAGGGUGAGACCUCGGAUCCCAGUGGAAGAGGCUGGCUUGGAGCCGGCCUGGGGCUCUCUAGCACAGGGUUGCGUUGGGCUGCAGAGUGCUGUGAGAGCUCAGCAGGGUCUCCUUCACCUCUCCCCUGCAAGGAACAGAUUAGACCCCAGGACUGGGCACAGGUGGGAGUAGAGGUGCCCUGGCCGGGGCCCUGUGGGCUUGUGGUCCCUGGAGUGGAGACAGCAGGAGGUCCCACAUGCUGUCUGUGCUUGGCUGCAGGAUCCCCUCCCAGGGACGCAGGGAAAUGCCUGCCCUGGGGCUUGCUGUGUUGCUGGAGCACUGGGUGGCCAGAUCAGAAACAGCUUUUAGACGAGAGGUGUGUGGAAAACCAACUGGAAGAGACUUUCUAAUAACCACUGCUGCCUGGAUGGGGUCUCUACCCUGCUGCCCACAAAGCAGGGCUUUGGGUGGUCUGCAGGGAGCCCCCACCCAGGCUGGCCAACCCUCCUGCUGCCCUCCCUCCAGGCAGAACCUGGGAGUGGAGUGGGGCACGUUUCCUUCCAGCAGCAAGUGUGGUGGUACCCAGGGCUGGCAGCCCCCAGCUGCGGCUCCUCCACAUGCCACAGAUCAUACAUGUGGCUGUGACCGACUUGCUGGUGAGGGGAGGUGCAGAUGUUCCCCCAGGAGGUGAAGAGGGAGAAGGUGAAGGUGGGUGGCAGGUGUCCGUGGAGGUGAUCAGUGGACAAGGCUGAGCUGCUUGUGCUGUGCCAUGGGGGCACUGCUGGGGGACAGGUUUGGUAGUUUGGGAUGGGACAGAGGGACUGUCCCGGGCAGGGCUGUUCCCUGGGCUUUGUGGCAGCGGUGUCCCAGAGGACAGUGAGCGAUGAGCUUGAGGAUCCCUGUGCACAGCUCUGCUCUGGGGUCAGUGCCACCUUGUGCUGCUGUUGGGGUGGGAGUUGGGGGCAGCCAAGCCUCCCCCACGCACCCCUUGUUGCUAGUUCUGCACCCCUCCACGGCUUCCAGUGCUGUGGGGUGCCCAUGCCAGGCUGUGUAGGUGCAGGGGUGCCCUGGGGUGAGAGCUGACCCCUAAGUCCCUUGGGCAUAUGCAUGGGCUCUCCCCUCCCCUGCAGCCUGGGUGCCCCGAGGGACCCCAGAGGGUGCCGGGGCGGGAAGAGGGAGGGCCAAGGCAGGUCUCUCCUCCCCUGCCCUUCCCUCUCCUCCCUUGCUGGGUCUUGCUGCCAGACCAGCUGCCUGCUGGGGCUGCACGUCUGGGGGAUGUCGGUUGCUGCGGCGCCCUGGGACCCGCAGGGGCUGCAAACGGUGGGCAUCAUCCUGCUGCUCUGCUCCAGCCUCAAGCUACUUCAUGCGCUGGGCAUCAUCGACCUGACCAGGGGAGACAGCGUUGAGGAUGAGUUUGAGCUCUCCACCGUCUGCCACCGCCCCGAGGGGCUGGAGCAGCUCCAGGAGCAGACCAAGUUCACCCGCAAAGAGCUGCAGGUUCUGUACCGAGGCUUCAAGAACGAGUGCCCGAGCGGCAUUGUCAAUGAAGAAAACUUCAAGCAGAUCUACUCACAGUUCUUCCCACAGGGAGGUGAGUGCCCAUCCCCAUGCCCUGCAUGGGUGCCUCUGUGGGGCGGGGGGGGGGUGGGGUGGUGUCACACAGCACCCCCUCACACUGUGCGCCUCCCCCCAGACUCCAGCACGUAUGCCACCUUCCUCUUCAAUGCCUUUGACACCGACCACGAUGGCUCCGUCAGCUUUGAGGACUUUGUGUCUGGGCUGUCCAUCAUCCUGCGGGGCACCAUUGAUGAUCGCCUGAACUGGGCCUUCAACCUCUACGACCUGAACAAAGAUGGCUGCAUCACCAAAGAGGAAAUGCUGGACAUCAUGAAGUCCAUCUACGACAUGAUGGGCAAAUACACCUACCCAGCCAUGCGGGAGGAAGCACCCCGGGAGCACGUGGAGAACUUUUUCCAGAAAAUGGACCGAAACAAGGAUGGUGUGGUGACAAUAGAGGAGUUCCUGGAGUCCUGCCAGAAGGACGAGAACAUCAUGCGGUCCAUGCAGCUCUUCGACAAUGUGAUUUAACUCCCGGACCUGCCUCCAGCCGAGCUCACUUGCCACCAGGCCCAGAACCUGCUUCUCUUGACUCUUCCUCUGAGCCUCCCCUCUGCCAGCUGCACAGACACCCCCAUGGGAAGGGGCAUCCCUUCCCAGAGACGUGGUUGGCACCGGGAUCUUCCCUUCCCCCUAGGCUGGCUCUGCUCUCUUGGGGGAUCUCAAGCAGGUGCUCCCAGACCUGAGAGCAUGGGCACAGCUGCCAGGGGGAGAGCAUUUUGCCUGGAUGGACCUCCCUGCCCCUGUUCCUGGCGGGGAAUCCGCAGCCUUGGGCUGCGACAGAGGUUUCCCCUGUGCGCAGCACCCUGUGCAGCCAUGGCUCUCCCACCCCUGACCCGCCCCAGCCCCAGGAGCCCCCAGCACCGGCUCCAGCUCAAACCCUCCAGCGACGCUGUCUAGAAACCAAUAAAGUCUUGCAACGGGC